AUGGUGACUGGAGGCGCUGAUGGCAGUAUCAUUACCUGGGACCUCGAGCAAGAAUAUCACGAUGAUGAUAAUAUUAGGGCUUCAACUACGGUACUGGAGGAGGAUAAACCAGACCAUGGUGUGUCUUCUAUCAGGUUCAAUCCUCAUAAUUCGUCUCUCUUCUCUGCAACAUCCUAUUCUUCCACACUUUCCCUCUUCUCUUUAACCCCUUCAAAUCCAAUCUGUCUACAAACUUAUCCUCUCGAUUCCCACCUCUACACUCACUCAACUUCUCCAGCAUCCGUCUCAACGGCAUUAAUAGCUGUCGCCGGUUCCUCUCCACAUAUCCGACUAAUUGAUCCUCGCACUUCAUCAACCUCACAAACACUCUUUGGACAUGUGACGUCAGUAUUCAGUGUUUCUUGGUCACCUAUUUAUUCAUCAAUUCUUGCAUCAGGUGGGAAAGAUGGCAGUGUGAGAGUUUGGGAUAUUAGGUAUGGGGCUACUUGUUUGGGGAGCUUGGAUGUUAAUAUGCUACCGCGAGCUGCAAAUAGAGCUGCGGGGAAAGCUCAUGAUGGGGGUGUUAAUGGGUUAUUAUGGACUUCCGAUGGUAGAAGGAUCGUCAGCGCUGGGAUGGAUGGGAAAAUAAGGGUAUGGAAUGCAGAAAAUGGGAAAAAUACAAACGUCGUCUUCCCACCCGUGAUCAAGAACAAGUUUCAAUCAGAGUUCCCAAUGGUGAUCACGGAAAGCGACGACGCCGUCGGCGGAGAAAUGCUAUGGACUGGGAACGAGGAAGAGUUAUUGGCUUUCGAUCUUGAGAAUGGAAAGAUGUUGAAAAGGGUCAGGAUUCCAAAGACUGAAGUCAGAGAUGGGUUAGGAAGAAUUAUGGGGCUAGUUCAAAGACAAAGAAAUGGGGAGUUGUAUACUUCUCAUGCGUUAAGAGAUGGAAAAAAGCUUCUUGGGAGAAGAGAAGGGGUAGCAAGGUGGAAGUCAAAACGGUUAUGGAAAGGAGAUGAAGUGGAAGUUGAACAAACGGAGAAACAAAGGAAGUUACAGGAUAUAUUUGAGAAAGCGACGAGGGGACCGGUGACAUUUUCAUAA